AUGGCCAAUUGCCAAUUGCCAUGUAUCUUCUGCCCAGAUGAUUGACUUGUACAUAAACAUAAGUAGCCAUCAAUAUUAUGGUUCUGUAGUAAUAGCUUUACAGUUGAAAGCUUUUAUUGCAUUUGCAUGCACCCUCCCCCUCCCCUCCCUACCGACAACUCCAAUUAAUUAAUACCUCCUCACCUUAUACUCCACAAACUUAAAAAAGUUUUUAUCAUCCCACUCCCAGUUUCUAGGUUCGCUCAACAACUACUAAAAAAUGGUACAAUCAAAGAUCAAGUUCAGAGGUGUCAGGCAACGGCAGUGGGGUUCUUGGGUGUCAGAGAUUCGCCACCCUUUACUGAAGAAAAGGAUUUGGCUGGGGACUUUUGAGACAGCAGAGGCAGCUGCAAGAGCAUACGAUGAAGCUGCAAUUUUGAUGAGUGGACAAAACGCAAAGACCAACUUUCCCGAAUCAAACCCGUCGUCGACUACUGCAGACCAUGACUCUCCAUUGUCUUGGUCUCCAUCAGCAGCACUCUCAUCAGUCUCAGACAUUCUUGGAGCGAAGCUGAAGAAGUGCUGCAAGAAUAAUCCAACUCCUUCAAUCACUUGUUUAAGGCUGGACGUCAAUGACAACUCCAAGAUAGGAGUGUGGCAAAAGCGUGCGGGUAGGCAUUCGGGGUCGCAAUGGGUCAUGAAAGUAGAGCUUAUGAAGAAGAAGAAGAAGACGAAGCUGCCAACACAUGAUGAUGACUCAUCCAAUAUUUACCACAUUAGCUCACAGUCCUCGUCGUCUGAAAUUGGUGAUCCCAUGGAUGAAGAGAAUAAGGUUGCAAUGCAAAUGGUUGAGGAACUACUCGAUUGGAAUGCAGCUUCACUUGCAAAUCAAUUAAUGGAGUAAUUGGUGCGGGCUUCUCUUCUUUCUUGAUUAAGGGUGAAAUAGAGGUAGCUACCUACACUUCACAACAAUUGUACGUAUAAUUAAUACAGCUAAUUAACUCUCUCUACCUACUGCUUAUGUAUAAUAAGAAGUCUCCGCUAAGUAACAAGUUCAGUACUUGUGUCUGA